GCAGCUGAACACAACCAUGCAGCCAAAGUCCUGUAACUUUCUGGUCGUCACUGUCCUGUGCUGUGCCCUGUGGCGAUGUGGCUUUGCUGGUCCGGUCGGAGGGCGUGAUUUGACAUUAAAGCUCAAGGACAAUACAUGCAACGAGUACGCACGGUCGCUGCUCUGGGUUGUAUCAGACGCUCUCGCCAUGGACCAUCUCUUCAGCGGAUUUAACUGUACACAGCAAAACGCAGAGGUGCACAUCAGGACGCAAACGAUGUCUGCUUGCACACCACAAUCAGACUGCACUCACAGUCCAGUCCUGAAUAUUAAUGAGAAUACAUGUUUACAGCGGAUCUUAGAAGAUCUCCAGUACUAUAGGGACACGUUUACAGUUUAUGCUGACACAGCGCUCACCAAAACUGUAGUCAGAAGUAUUGAUGACAUCCUGCAGAACUGCUUUUCUGUCUCUGCAAUGGACAACUCUGCGCUCAAGGUGUCCAUGGAUCAUAAAAAAUCUUUUCAGGAACGAUUACAGCUGUGCAAAGUCCUAAAGGGUUUUCACCUUCGAGCCAUUACAAUAAACCGAGUUUUCAGCUACAUUUUGGCAAAAGAAUAAGCUAACAGCAGC